GUUUUCAUUUUAACCAGGGAUCAGACCAUAAAUUAUAAUGUUUGGAAAAACUUUAUCUCGACUUUUUCACUAGCUUAGUAGCGUUUAGUACAAUCAUUCUCGUUGGCAAGAUAUCUACUGAUAUCGGAAAAAAGAGAGUUUUCUUUACCAGAGACCAUUGGUUGUAGCAACUUCUGUUAAUUUCGUAGCUAGCUAUUUUCAGCCAUGUUCAACUGUCGAUUUCUCUCGCGAUCGACGCUUCUAUGCAUAAGAACCAGUCUUUUAAGUGCAGCCCACAUCUUUGAAUGGUUCUCUAAGUUUUAUUUCCUUAUUAACCAAAGUCUAUCAGAACAAAGCUAAUUAUGGUAACUAAGGAGACUGCCUAAAGGGCGGGAAAUGCAAAUGACCAAGUUUUGAAUCUGAUGGAUUGAAAAAGUGAAGCGAUUUUUUUGGGCCAAUUACUGAGCAAAGUAAAGCAAAACCAAACUAAUGCUGUUUUUACCCAAGAGAUCAUUAGAUUCAUAAUUGUCUUGCUCUGUUUCAGUCAAAGCUAAAUAUGCUGUCAUUAAAGGACCGUGCAAACUGGACAGGAGCUCAGGCCAGAAGUCAGUUUCGACGGAAUUUUUUCCCGCGAGAACAGACCAAUGGCAUGUCAGCUGGUUUUACGCAAGCUAGUGUUCAUAUCAUUCCUUCGUCCGCAGCAGAUCAUUUCCAUGAAUUUUGCAAAAUGAACCAUGCCGCUCUCCCUUUGGUGUACCGGACAAAGCCAGGGGAAGUGUCAGCCCUACCCUUAGCUGCAGAUCUCGACAUUCGGUAAUAAAAGAGGACAAACCGAGGGGUUUGUUUAUAAAAAAAAAAAGGGAAAUUUAAAGAGGAUCACUCUCUAUCAAAGCUACGCGAUUGACAAUAAAAAAAAGUAAACAAUUAAACUUGAAAUGAGACCCUCUAACAAAAAAAUAUCAGGUUGGAAGGAAUGCAAAACACGAAACAUUACUUCUAGUCGUUAAAUUUUUUGAGAAAGAGAGCUAGUCGAAAUCGUAUUUUUUUUUGCCCUGGAUGGUAACCACGAAGUAAGGCAGGUCCUGAAUGGGUGUUACUUUUGUCGGUGGCUAGCUCUUUUAGCGGGUAUCCGCGGGUUUCGCCCAUAACGAGUUUCGCCCAAGAAGCGUUUCGCCCAUAACGAGAAUGGUUUCGCCCAGGCAUAAAUUCGAUUCGUGCGGCGUGCGGAUCUUAACUUCCGUGUACAAAAGAUUUGCAACGAUGAUAUGUUCCACGCGCAGGUGUUUUCAAAAGCGUUUAAUUUAAUUCUCGAGAAUAAAAGUGAUGCAAAAAAAUCAUAGCAAUGCUUUUACGACAAACGGACGUCUCUGCAGUAUUUCGUGCGCGAAUUACCUUAACAAUCCCCGCUCCACAGUGAAAGCUAUAAUUGACUUGUUCGUUUCAACAGUAACUUGUUCGUUUCAAAAUUUCAUGAUCUCAGGUCAAGUCACUUUUCUUCAUUCUGUGCAUACAAACGUUUAUAAGGUUGACGUUUUCCGAGUGAGAGUGUAGAAGUUUUACUUAUGGGCGAAACCAUUCUCGUUCUGGGCGAAACGAUAUGUGCGAAACUCGUUAUGGGCGAAACCCGCUAUAACCUUUUAGCGCGUUAUAGUCAGCUGGAAAUUGCUAAAAAAAUGGGUUCUCUUAGCUUUCAAACUUUAUUUCGCGGCCACUAAAAUAGACAUUCUCUAUGUCAUUCUGUAUUUCUUUUCUAAUGUCGAAAUGUUACACAAAGUAUUAUCAGUUUCACCAAGCCUUUACCCCAGUUCUGAUUUCUCUAGACAAACACAUCAGCAGCUAGAACUGCUUUCGAUUUCCAUAUCAAGCCGGCUGAAACGUUCAUCAAUUCUUUUCUUACAGCACAGAUCAGUCAGCAUAUGGGAUAUACGAAAAUGGGGUCUGCACUAAAACCGUAACCGACCUACUAGAUAUACCCUUUGAUGACUUCGUUACAUUUUACAUCGGCUCCAGUAGCUCGUUCGAGCUUGCGCUACAGGACGCUGGUCUUCCCGUUCGGCAACUAGAAAGCGGAAGAAAAGCACCUACUUACCAAACAAGGGUCUUGACAGUAAAGUCAGGUCCUUUCUCAGGUACCGUUGGCAUGUCACUGCGUCCAAUGCCCCGGAACUUAGUAGAGAGGGCUGCCCAGGUGACUGCUGUCUUGGACAAAGUGCAUGGAGCCCCAAUACAUAUUGGUCAUCCUUCCUGGAUCGGAGUGGAGGAUCUGCAAAAUCCAGAAUUUGACGACAAACCGUACAUGAAAGAAGGAGAUGUCUGCAUGUUCUGGGCUUGUGGAGUCACGGCCGCGACAGCGAUAGUGAAUGCAAGUAGGUGGCCAAAAAUAUUCCUUCAUUACCAACCUCUGGAUGUGGUGGAUGCGCUUUUUAGAUUAAAAUACUAAAAGGCUGGCAUCAAUUCCUAUUCCCCCUUUAUACGUUCUAGGAUUACUAAUUAAAGAUGCGUCUCUCAUCCAAGUUUUUUUUGUUGUUGGUUUUUUUGUUUUCCUUUUAGGAUUACCCUUGGCAAUAAGUGUCAGCCAAAGUGAAAUAGCCUGUAACUUCAUUACUGAUCUAAACAACGAAGAAUUUAACAAGGUGAACGUACCCAAGUGGCUCGAAUCCAUGCAAACUAAAGCCGUCUUCAUAUCUGAAAACCCAGUGUUUUGUUCGUUAAUUUCUGACAAAGCAUUAGAACUGAUUCGACAGCUGGAGAAACAGAGGAGACAGGAGAAAAUAACACCCACGGACGAAAUGCCUGAAGCUCUCGCUAAAGCAGCUCUCAGACUCAGCCACGCAUGUUCUGUUGCCAUAGUUACGCUAAACCUGACUACUACUAGAGAAAGUCUCAGUGUGCUGUCAACCAUUAAGUCUCUUUUGACGAGCGAGUCUAAAGAAGUCACAUUGAUCGUCCCAGAGGAAAAGCAAGUGGAGUGGAGAAAUUUGAUCGACCGUUGUGUCGAGUUAAAGUUACUGAAAAAGUCAGUUGCCGUGAACAAAAUUGAAGCAAGAAAAGGAAGCUCGAAGGAUGAUAUCUCGCAAAUUUCGCGUCAAGUGCUAUCGGCCAUGGAAUGUUCCACACAGGACGAUGUUCUUCCUCGCAAGUUUACUGCACUGAUCAGUUUCAGCCAAGAAGGUAUGAAAGCGCCACAGAACAGUUCUCUCUCUCUCUCUCUCUCUCUCUCUCUCUUUCAAAGUCUUAACCAUGCUCGUAUGAGGAGGGGAGGCUAAGGUGAAGGAAUCUUCUUAGCAAUGCUCGUAUGUGGAGGGGAGGCUAAAGUGAAGGAAUCCUCUUAGCCAUGCUUGUACGCGGAGGGGAAGCUAAGGUGAAGGAAUUCUCUUAGCCAUGCUCAUAUCUGGAGGGGAGGCUGAGGUGUGGGUGCCCUACCCUCUGAUGCAAAAAACGAAGAUGUGGAGUUUCAUGGCACAUCUGAAUAGCACGGAUUGCGUCAUUCUAUGAGAUAUUCAUGUUAAUAGUGAUACCUUGUCAGUGCAUGCAAUAACCACUUUUUAAGUUGAAUAGAGAAACGCUUAUUCAUAAGGUCGCGCUCCGAUUUUUUAGAAGAACGCACUUGUGAUGAAUUGCUUGGGAAAGUAAUGUCUAUUUGCAAUCAAAUUUUUUAAUUUAAUCCGACCCAUGUCCAACUUUUUUCUCAGGAGGUUCAGUAUGGGUGGAUAGCGGAGCUGAACGAAUAAUAAGUAACGAUGUCGGUAAAACCUUCUAUUGUUCUUGGCCUGGUGAAGUCAUAGCAGCAGCAUUGUACAUACUGAAUUGCUGUCCAGUGCACUCCCGUUAUCUGAGAAAAGGCUCUGGGUUAUACCAGCCUUUACAGCAGAGCGAGUAUCUGAUGGGCCCUGAAGAGGUCAGUAAGUUUUAUCAUUUUUUUUCUUCUUCUUCAUCCUCUUCCUCUCUCCUAUACAAUUUUGGUAGCUCAAUAAUGUAUAUUUCUAUCAAAAGAACUGAACUGAAAUUCAUGCUGGUCGUUGCGACACGCCUCAUUGUCAGCCUUCCUCCUUCCCUCCCUCCCCUCCCCCCCACACAAACAGCUGCCUUGUCGUCUGACAACCUCUUGAGGUACAUCGCAAAUAGACUAAACGCUAGCAAAUAUCCUCGGGUUAUAAAUCUUCUCCACUUGACCCUUUUUAGGUUAUUAGUCCUUGCAGACGCCCAAAUGAGUAGAUGGGUGAAAACAGUAGAAUAUUCGGAAGGAAUCCUGUCCGGUUAUUCUUCCUUCUUCCCCCCGCCCCUCCCGCUUAUUUGUUCGUCUCCACAUUUUCAAAGUGAGUGCCUAUAACAGGCUAUUCGUCAAUUUGAUUAAUGGUUAAAACAUCCCUUUGGUCCGUUUGACAAGUGUAACAAAUAGAAACAAGGUCACUUGAUGCUACUUGCACGGUAACGGCACUCAGCUGUGGCACUUUUAAGAACAUCAUGAGAUGUUCGGAGACUCCUGACAACCAGAAAUAGCUUGUUAACUCACUACCGCUUUUUUCCUUUCUAAUAGCUUGGAACACUGAUGUCGAACUCUAAUGUAAAGUUCAGCGCUGAAAAAGUGGAAGACCUCAUAAACAAAACCAGCAACUCAGUGUUAAACGCCAUGAUUUGUUUAAACGGCGAGGCGUAA